AUGUCCGACUACAGUGAGAGUUUAAUAUCUGCGGACACGGCCGUUAUCGAGUCAGAGUUAAAUCCCAUAGAAAAAAGAGAUGUAAUGAGGAAAAAUGAUUAUAUGCUGGAAAAUAAAGUUCGCAAUCUGCAAUUGAAACUUUCUGAUGCUGAAAUGAAAAUCAUUGACGCCGAAGAGGAAAAAAACAAGCUAAAAAAACGAGUUGAAGACCUUGAAAAUCGGUUUGCUUCGAAUAUUGAAAUUUAUACUGAGGAUUCAUAUCUAAAAAUUGGAGGGACGGAGAGUCGGUACGAUGAAAAUGGCUAUACUUAUGUCAGAGGAGAUUUUACCAUCUGCAUAGAUGGCAAAAUGAUUAUGUUCUUGGCAAGAACAGAAAGCGCCAUUCUUCACUCGGACUCAUAUAAUUAUUCUCAACUAAGGAUGAUAUCUCUGCCCAAGAGCUCCAAUUUCGCUCCAUAUAAAGUUACGUCGGAGAUUAUCUAA